AUGGUAGCCAUUGGGGUAAUCUUAAAAUCCCCGUCAGACGUCGGUUUCAUAAAAGCAGCAGAGAAUGCUAUUAAAAUAGCUUUGAAUGCAGUACUAAAAGGAACAUAUCUUACCAACUACAGCAUCAGUAGUUUCAACAUGAGCGAUCUAUUCUCUGGAAUAUCUACAGGCAUGAUAUAUUCAAUAUCAGUGGGUGUUUUCCUAGUAGUUGAACUUAUAGUAGUCAUCCUGAUGUACGCUGCACCUAGCACUUUUGAAUGUUGCGGUGUAAAUAGUUACAAGGAUUUUCAUAAUUUUGCCCCACAAUGGAACCGUUAUCCGAUAGCAAAUGGAACAAAUAUAACUGCACCAAUCACAUGCUGUAAAUCUCUGAUCACAGACGGAGAUAUUUCAUGUGCUACAGAAAAGGGAUUGAAUAUAUAUGAACAGGGUUGUUUUGAGGCCAUAUGGGAUAAAGUGUUAGGGAAACCAUUGUAUGCUGGUUUAGGAUUUACAUCAAUGUUUGUAUUUCAGGCUGUUUUAAUUAUAUUUUCGGCAAUUCUCAGUAAAACGAUAACUGAUGAAGCAAGGAUAGAACCAAUAUAUGGAUAACAGCAGCUUAAGCAGGAUGCAUUAAUUCAAGAGAGUUGAAUGUGACACGAAUUAAUAGUUAUACAUUCUGCUUACCAAUAGUCUAUAAAAACAUUCCAUUGGAAAAUGUUGCUUUUUAUUAUGUGUACUUUGCUGUUAUAUUAUUUGAAAACAAUAAUGCGCUGUAUAAAAUAUAAAUAUGCCAUGAUUUGAAGAUAUCGAAAACAUGUAUCCUUGUUACUUUGAAAUUACACAACCAUACUUCAUUUCAGUACAAGAUGUUUCUAAUUAACCAAAGUAUGCCCUAUGCAUGCUAUGCAUACA